AUGUAUGCUAUCCUGGCACGAAGGGUCUACUGGCCUGCAAUCUCUGAGGAUGUCAGACGAUUUGUACGGAACUGUGACAAAUGCAGUGCCAACAAUGUAUGGAGAGACCGCCGACAAGGCCUACUGAAGCCUCUACCAAUUCCAGACCGAAAAUGGAGAUAUAUUGCAAUUGACUUCAUCGAGAAGUUACCAAUCUCAAAUGGUUAUGAAAACAUCAUGGUUAUUGUCGAUCGCCUUGGAAAAGGUGUCAUCCCCAUACCCUGUGAGAAGAUCGACACCUACACAGUAGCACAGAAGCUUAUUCAGAGUUUCAUUGGCUAUCAUGGCAUUCCAGCCAGUAUUGUAUCAGACAGAGGAAGACAAUUCACCAAUGAGAUGUGGAAGCGUUUUUGUGAGCUACUGGGGAUCAAACGACAAUUAUCAACUGCCUACCACGCUGAAACCGAUGGCCAAACUGAGCGAAUGAAUGCUACUAUUGAACUAUUCUUGCGCUCAUUCUGUGAUCACACACAAUCGAACUGGGCGUCAUUGCUACCAAUGGCACAGCUUGCAAUAUGCAGCCGGGAUGCUGCCUCCACAGGUGUCAGUCCAUUCUUCCUUGACCACGGCUACCACGUCGAUCCCUUUCAGUUAGAAGAGGAUGUUGAAAUCAACCUUUCAGCACCAGACCUGGGCACCAUGCGUGAACGAGGUGAACGAAUUGCAGCCAAGCUAAGGGGAGCUCUUGACAUCGCCACAACAGAACUGGCUGUCGCCCAACAGAAACAAGAAGACUAUGCCAAUCGUCAAAGAGAUGUCGCCCCUGAAUACCAGGUUGGGCAGAAAGUCUGGCUUGACCUGCGCAAUAUACAAACAGAACGCCCUAGCAAGAAACUGGGAAGCAGGCAGGCAAAAUUUACUGUGUUGGAAAAGAUUGGAUCCCACGCCUACCGCCUCAACACACCAGGCACAAUCCACAACGUGUUUCAUACAGCGCUCCUCCGCCCAGCGGCAAUGGAUCCCUUCCCUAGCCAACGGAAAGAUGACUACCAACCUCCUGCAGAAAUGAUCAAUGGGAAUGAAGAAUAUAUGGUCGAACGAAUACUAGAUGAGCGUUUUCGACGGUGGGGACGAGGCGAAAGACAUGAGUUUUUAGUCAAAUACAUUGGCUGGCAGGAACCGGAAUGGAACGAUGCGAGGAACAUGGAGGAUACCAUAGCAUUGGAUGACUGGGAAACCUACAAAACGAUGAAUGGGAUUGUUGUCCAAUCGGCCUUGAGUAUACCAAAUGAGCCACCCCACGCCGGGGGGCGAUCGCGGAGGCGACGAGGAAGGGGGGUAAUGUAA